AUGGAAUAUCUCAACUGCUCCAAGAACAAGUAUUUCGGCGAUCCUUUCGACCGCUUUUUGCCUAAACCUCGAAUUCCGUUUGACAUUACUCUUGAGCCUGAAAAAUGCUUUAGAUAUGAUUACAAUUAUGCAUUUGAUGACGAGUUUGAUACUGAAGUACCGGAACCCGACCCCCAUAGCCCGCUUCCAUCAUUAGCACAAAUGACACCUUUCGAAAGCUUUACUUCAACAAACGAAUGUCAGAUGAAGUUGCUCGAGCUUAUUACAUGGGCUGCCCUUCCAAUAUUACCCCAGAGCGACUGGUGCGUAUCGACGCAAGCGGGAAUGAAGUUUUUUGGUGGACACAAAAAUAAAUACCUAAACGACGGAAUUGGCCCCAAAGGUUUCAGGACUCAUUACAGAGUUAACCAGGAUCUCUUUGACAUUUUGGUGCAUGAACUUGCUGAAAAUCCCUCGUUCAAAGACGCUGAAGAAAAUGGCACCGAAAUAUACCCUGUGUGGAAGCAACUGGCUAUCGUUCUGUGGUCCGUCAGCAACACAUUUUUGGGAAGAUCACUGGCUGCCGAGAGACUCAAUAUCACCCCAGAAUUACAUGAUUUGUUCACAGAGAGGUUUCUGACAGCCAUUAACCGAACUUUCAUUGGAUACGCUAUCAAAUGGCCAACAACACUUCAAGAGUUCCAGGAUGAAAUGAAAGCGUUCAGACAAUCGACUGUAGGAGAUGGCCACAAAGGUCUAAGGGAAUGCGUAGGCGCCAUUGAUUGCAGAGUGGUUGUAGCAACUAAGGACCAUAAAGAAUCCGCCCAUUGGAAAGAUCGGCGAGGUUCCGUGUAUAUACCUCUCUUGGCUGUGUGUGACAAAAAGGGAUCUUUCAAAAUUGUUAAAAUUGGAGCCACUGGCACCCAAAACGACAUAGAUAUAUUCAGAUCGAGCGCAAUUUAUGAAAAUAUGACUCAGAGACCAGAGCAAAUGUUCUUAGAUCCACGCUCCUACAUUAUUGGUGGCAAUAAUUUUCCGAACCUCAAGCAUUGCUUGACCCCAUACCCUGAUAAAGGAACGCUAACGCCCAAACAAAUUUCCUUCAACAAGGCCCACCGGAGCGCAAUGUAUAGCGUUAAGGAAGGGUUUGAAAACGCAUUUAAAAAGUGGCAAUAUAUGUUUAAGCGGAAAUACGUUUUUUCACAGAGAACAAUUGGGCCGAUUGUAACUGCUUGUUGUAUCUUGAACAACUUGUGCCAGAUGUUUAUUACCCCGAGAGAGACUCACGAGGAAAUGAAUCAAGAAUACGUGAUUAACAUACAUGGCGACCAAACCUUAAUGGAGUGGUAUACCCGUAUUAACAAUGAAGAUGGAGCCGCCCUAAGCUUCGUAAAUAUUGGAGACGGUCCUAACGACGCUCCUUUCAAAGCUAAAACGAAUAGAGACGAGGAAACUAGUCUUAUUAGAGAAGGAGAAAUAAGAAGGGAUCAAGUAAUAGAGAGCAUCACAGGAACUUCCCUUUUAGCGACUUUAAUUGCCAAAAGAUAUUAG